CCGAUGCGGUCAGACACGGCCGACUCUCUGCCCACGCUGCGAGACGACCUUAGCGAGUUCGACAGCAACAGUUCGAAUGCUGUCCAGGAAUCCCCGCAUCGGGUCGAGCGGCAAUGGAGCAAUCCAUUCGUGACGGCACUAUCGCCGCCACCGCCGGGGUCCCACUUUCGGCUGAGGAGCCACUCAGGCCUGGCAUUGCACACCAACCAGUCUGCCUUCCGCCGCUACACCAGUUACAAUGCGGACGGGUCGAUUCCCACCAGACCGGGCCCGGCGAUAGCCGUGAGCUGUGAUGACUGCAGCAGCGAGGAGGACUUCCCGCUGGCGCCCAAACCCAGUACGAAGCUCAAGGGGUUCGAGUCCCACGGCACCGUGCUUCCCGACUUCUUUGAGCGGCCGUUGAUCAAGCUGGCCUUCUCGAGCCGGGAGACGGUGCCGAGGCUUCGCAAGUUUGCCGAGACUAGACACGGCGGGACCGACAUUGACUUCUUGUUGAAGGUCGAGGAGUAUUACCGCAACCUUGAGCACACCAUCUCUACAAUGUGCUGCAUCUCGAGAAACUUCACGGGCACGACAGCGACCUCGCCGCUCGGACUUCCGCCGAACGUGGCGAGUGCGCUCAGGGCCGGCACCAAGUACUGCGCGAGAACGGCGCUACCGGCUCUUGACAAGGUGUAUCAGGAAGCCAAAUCCGCCGUCGAAGAGCGGCUGUCUGAAAGCCUCUACCCCGAGUUCGUCAAGUACCAGCUCUCGCAGUGCCUCAAGGCCUCGCUGUCGAGCACCCGCCGGGCGGGCGGGGAGUUCAAGUCCCCCUAUCAUGGGCUUGGCGAUGCCUUCUGUCUCUCCGACCCGCUUCUGCCCGACAAUCCCAUCAUCCAUGCCUCCGACGGGCUUCUGGCCAUGUCGGGGUUCCGACGGAAAGAACUCGUCGGGAAGAACGGCCGAGUCUUGCAGGGCGUUGCGACGGACCCAGACGCAGCACGCCGGCUCAGCCAAGCGAUCGCCUCGGGAGCGGAGGUCACCGAGCUGAUCCUAAACUACCGGCCGGACGGCACUCCGUUCUGGAAUCUCUUAUUCGUCUGCCCGCUAAUGGAGCGAGGCAGCGUCCGAUACUUCCUCGGCGCACAGGUGAACGUCUCGGACAACAUGGGCCCCGAGUACGAGGACAUCUUACGCGUCUUGAACUUCGGUCCGCCGGUAGAAGAGCUCCGCCCCGUCCGGUCGCCUGCAUCCCCAGCGUCCCCCAACUGGCCGCUACGCCGGAGCUCCGACAACGCCGAGCUCGAGCGUCCCCACGACGAUCAUCACCACUCCAGUCCACCACCACCCGUCGGGAAGGGCGCCUCGCGCCGCCAGCGCUUCAUCAACCGCUUCCGGCGCAAGUCGGGCUCCUCGCCCCGCGCCUCCUCCCGCUCCCGACCGAGCACCUCCUCGGAACCGCUGACCGAGCCCGACCCACCCUCUUCGCCUCCGCCGCCGGGGCGCCCUGGCCCCUUUCCUCUGACUCCUCGCCACGACCAGCCGGGCCGCCAGCAACUGCUGGACGAGCACAGCACGCCGUACGCGCACUUCCUCGUCAUGCGCUUCCACCCCGCCCCCUCUCCCUCCCCCUCCUCUUCCACCACCACCCGCAGCCCCGCCGCGGGCCCAGCACCACCACCACCGCCGCCGUCCUCGUGGCCAUCAUCAUCACCCUCAUCAUCACCCACCGACGCCCCCGCGCUCCGCGUAGCCUUCUGCUCGCGCUUCGCGCUGUCCCUGCUCGGCCUGCGCCAGCCGCCGCCACACGAGGCGGCCGCCGCCGCGCCCGCCGCCGCGCACGCAGCCGCCCUGCUGGGCCGCGACGUGUUUGCCGUGCUGACCGGCCCGCUGCUGGGCUGUCCGGCGGGCGUGCUGGGCCGCGCGGUCCGCCGCGAGGUGCUGGGCAAGGUCGCGCGGGGGGAGAGCGUGAUGGUUGAUUUGUUGGGGCCCUGCUCCGGCGAGGGGCAGGACAAGGCUGGUGGUGGUGGUGUUGGUGGUGGAGCGGGGGGGGAUGGGAAUGGGCGUGGGAAUGGGAAUGGGAAUGGGGAGAAGGAAGGGGAGGGGAGGCCGAGGCGGAGCGAGACGCUGGAUCGCGGGGCCGAGUUCUUCAGUCAUGUGUUUGGUGGUCAUGGCGGUGGUGCUGGAGUGCACGGGAAGAUGAGGCGGUGGGUGAGCAGCUGGGUGCCGCUGAAGGACGGCGAUGGGAAGGUCGGGUGGGUGGUACUGGUGCUCACGCCCGCUGCGGAGGGC